GAGGCCAUACGUGACAUUUAUAUUCUCAAAAAGAUAAACAAAAUAAAUACUAUAGACAAGUCUGUACAAGAAAACUCAAACUGACAAUCACAAUGUGAAGAUAGAAUACUGACUACCGAGCUAGGGCCAUGUGGUAUUUCAACUCAUAAAAUAGUGAUUUAUAUCAAUAUAUAUAAUUAAGCCAUGUCAUUCUACAGAGUUGGUUACUCAGGGAUAACUACUAAAAAGAAAAAGGCAUCUGUUAAAAAGAAACCAAAAUGGGAUGAUACUAACCACGAUUUGUCAGCCUAUAAAGCAACUGAUGAAGAAAUAAUGCAGAGAAAGUUAGCUCAUAAAUCCAAGAAUCAUAUGGCAUUUAAGCUUCAACAGAUAAGAAAAGGUGAGACAAAAUGUUCCAGUAAUGGCAGUAAUGCACCAGUAGGUGGACGGAUCACUCAACAGCAAGCUAGACAAUUAGCUAUUAUGAAAGAAAUCUUAUAUGAUCAACGUCAGCUGAAGAAUGUCUUGGAUAAAACAGACAGUAUGAUGGCAGUUGUACAAGAUUUAUUUGGUGAUGAUCCUAAGAAAUAUAAGGGGUUUCCUAAUAUAACAACAGCACCUAAUAAUAUAGCUGCAGGAGAUGCAAAUAGGACAAGUCAAUUGGCACCAGAUAUGCCAGAAAUAUACACACGAAUAGAAGCCUUGAGUGAUUCAGUUAUGAACCCUUCAGCAUUGAAUGAUCUGCCAGAUUCAGAUUCAGAUGAAGAUGGUAAAUCAAACCCUCAUCCCAUUGUUUACCAACCACAGAUGAAUUUGCAAAGAUUUCAACAAUUUAUAGCUAAUGAAGAGAAGAAUCAAACAUUUAGUAGCAUUGGUGGUCAAGCUCAGUUAAGUCACAAUGAGGUUGGUCCUGUCCAAAGUACACAAAUACAAGGAAUGAGUGGAUUUGAAACUCCACCUAAAGAUGGCAAUGAGUCUAUAGGUAUAUUAAGAUCACCUAGAUCAGCUAUAAAUGAUACAAGUAAAGUAAAGAAGAGUAGAAAUCGAGUACCUAGUCAAUCAAUAGAUACAACUACACAAUCAUCAGCUAUGAAUUUAACUGAUAUGAGAAAGGUUUUAGAAAGUUUAGAAGAUGAAAUAGAAGAAUUUGAAAAACAGACGGGCAGAAGACCACCAGCAGAAAAACAACGUGCAAAUACAUUUUCUGGUUAUACAGUGGCAUUAAUAGAUGCAGUGUCUAAAUUAGCUAAAUAUUUAAGAGAGACUGAUAGAAGAUUACAAGCUGAAAUAACUGUUAGAGAACAAUUAACACAAGAUGUCCAUCAGAUGAGAAAUAUUAUAGAUGCUCUCACAUCGGAUAUUAUAGUAUCACAAGAAGAAUAUGGUAAAACACAGACACAGUUUGAAAGAUACAGACAAAAAACGGAACAAGAAUUUGCAGUUAUUAAGGCUGCUUUACAUGGAAUGGGUGUACAGACAAUAAAUGUUAAUAAUAGUAGUGGUGAACCACAAACAACAAUAACACCACCAAAACAUCACCCAGAUGAACAGUUUAAUGAAAUGUAUCAGUAUUUAGAGACAUUUAGGAAUAAUAAUAAUUUGAGUACUGUACAAGGUCCUGCUAUAACAUCUCUACCCAAUCAUACUACUACCACCACCCAGUCUUUACCAAAUCCUGCACUAAAAUCAUCAUUACCAGAUCAUCUACAGGAUCAUGGCGCUGUUCUUCUAUCACCACCAGUAAGGAAAACCAGGGUACAUGAUCAACAGGAACAUAAUAAUUACCAGGAUCAUUCGGAAUCAUUGUUUUCAAGGCGACAGACAUCAUUGAUUGACUUACCAGCUCUAGCCAAUGGUGUAACGACUGCUUCUGAUUAUAUGCCUCCUGUUGGUGCUACAAUAAACGUUCCUCGUCCAAUACCACUUUCUAAACCAAUCACUUCUCAGACUGUAGAAACUUCCCAAGCACAAUACCAACAAGUCAGCAUUCAAGCACAAGAUCAUCUACCUGCUCAAGUAUCUGUAAGUGUUGUACGAAAUCCUGUUUUACAAGGCGGCAUGCCAAAAAAUCCACGAGAAGAUGACAUGAAAUCCCAAAUUGCAGAACUAAAUAAACAACAUGAAGAGGCUCAAAAACGUCUUCAGUUGCUUCUCGUUCAGCAACAACAGCAAAAAUUAUUGAGCGAUCAAGAUAAAAACCAGCAGAAUAGGCUGCAUACACAGGACUCACAAGAUAGGUCACCAUUAAACCAUAUGAGUCAGUCCAUGUUAAAUCAACAAAGACAAUUGAUGCAGCAGCAACAACAAAUUGCUCAGUUAUUAGAGCGCCAGUCACAGAAUUUUGCAAAUCAAAGUAAUCACAAUAGUAAUGGUUCUGAUAGAAGUGAACUGUCUCAGAAUAAGGUCUUACAGCAACAGGAAAAUGUUAUGCAACAUAUGCAGCUACAGAUGCAGAGAAUGCAGCAACAACAAGGAUCUAUGGGCUUCGAUAUACACAGACAGAUGGUUGAUGAUGAAAAUACUGCUGUUACUCCCCCUAGAGAUACUAAUACGCAGAAUGGAGGGCCUUUUUCGCCAGAAAUAUCCCCCAUCUCUCAGUUGUCUGAUAAUCUCUAUGUUCCUUUACAAAACCAACAUCCUUCAAGACAGGCACCAAGAGACAUACAGAUAUCAUUACCUACUGUUGAUUUUGAUUCAACUCUAGGAGAUACACCUUCGCCUCUUAAAAGAUAAACCUCUGUUAUUCACUGCCUGACUCACCACAACUGCUACUGGGAACAUCUGUCACCAAAUAUUAAAAUACACAUAUUGCUAUGUAUUUUAGUUUGAUUAUUUAUGAAUUAUUGUUCUAUAGAGAUGCAUUUAGACAUUACGACACAGUAAUUCAAGUGAACAUUUUCAUCUUUACUCUAAAGUAGGCUAUACUGAAAAUAUAUGUAAAUAUGUAACUAUGGUGUUAUUGGUAGUGUCUGUACAGCUUUAUUAUUACAUACAGCAUUAUAUUAAAUUUGAUUCUGAAGUCCAAGAAAUGUUUCAUUCACAUAUUUUUACAUUUUAGUUAAAGUUGAAUAAGGACUACAUGUAUUUGUGCAUUUUUGAAAAGAAUAUUUGGUGUAACUCGGUUGGUUAACUGUUUAGAAAAUGAGCUUGUGAUUUUGAAUGAAUAUUUAUUUAUAUUUAUUUUUUUCCAAGAAAGAGUUGCAUUUAUUUGAUAUGUGAUGUUCUUUUUUCUGUUUUGAUUUUAAAAAAAAAAAUGUACCACUACUAUUUUGUUUUUUCAUUUUAUGAAAAUUAGUCAACAAUUUUCAUAUGAUUAUGCCAUCGCCCCAGUCCGGCUGACAACAUUUGUUUGUUGACACUCUACAGGUCAUCUGAUUAUGAUAACUUUAAACCCCACCAAUGAAAAUGCCUUGACAUUGGUCAUUCUUGAUACCGCAGGGAAUAUGCUAAACAUUUUGCAACAAGUAUCACGCAUUUAGUAAAUGAGCUAGUCUAGCUUAGCUUUUGGGGUUUAAGGGACAAUCAUGGACAUCCAGCAGGGAUAUCCCCACCACUGAAAAUGUCUUGCAUCGAUUAUUCUUAAAAUGCUAAACAUUUUUCAACAAAUUUCAUACGGUUAGGAAAUGAGCGAGUUUUGAUAUGCUUAUAACCUAUUGUUACACAGUUCGCCGCUCUUCUGGCAAAGCAACGAAUCUGAUAUAUUUAAGUAUUGAGAAUUAUGUGUUUGAAAUUUGCGUUCUGUUGUUAUAUCUGUGGACAUCAAAUAAUAACAUUCAUUUGUGACUUAAUAUUUCAUACAUAUACAUCAGGACACCGAACGCCAUUUACAUCAAUGUUAUUAUUUGAUGGCUACAGAGAUACAACAGAACGCUAAUUUCAAACACAUAAUUCUCAAUACUUAAAUAUAUCAGAUUCAUCGGUUCACCAGAAAUGUGACGAGUUAAUAACAAGCUGGUCUAGCUUAUUUUUGGGGGUCAAAUUAUUUUGCACACCUACCGCAACAGACUCGGCAGUCAUUCGUAUUUUGCGAUAGUGACCCAUAGGAAGCCUAAUGGCAUAGAAAUUGAUUAGCGUUUCAGGUUCGUUAUUACCCAUUGCACAAAUUCACAGCAAGUGCUUUGAAAAACCUUUUCCAGAUGUAUAGACUGCUGACCUAGGAUAAACACUGGAAUGCUUGAUUCCAUCCUCUUGUCAAUU